CGAGCAACGGUGAGGACGCCGUGUCGCCAAUGUGAAAGUUCAGGGAACGCCGCGUUUUAGUCAAUUUGUGUUGCAGUUGUGGCUGUCGUCGGCCCUGAGGGGCAGCCAGCGUAGGCUUCAAGCACCGCUAACACCAUCUGCGUUGUGCAGAGAGACAACAGCCAGCACACACAAAAGCACCCAUCGACAGCAUCAUCGUCCCGUUCUGUACAUCUGACAAAGCAACAACAACAUCCAUUUCGGUUAACUAACCAACAAGUCACUAUCAGUUUGUUGUUCGUGUCAUGUUUGUCAAUCUACGGAAAAAAUCGCCCGACGACGACGAUGAUGAUGAUAACAAUAACAACAACAACAACAACAACAAUGACAACAACGUAAAACGUCAACAUUUAUCGUACUAUUAACCGCAACUGCCGAGUUAUUUCAGUUCGAUUCAAUCUCGAUGAUCUCGUGUGAUAUUACCAAUAUCAAAUCGGCAGUAACUAGAGUAACGAGCUGAGGUGCUUGCGUGCGUACGACCCUGCUAAAGCUAGGGAAGAUUGGUAGAACAGCACAUCCAACAAUAAUAACAACAGCAGCGUACAACGAAAGCGGGACAACGGAUAACUAAUAGCCAAUUAACCAGUGAAAAAAACAGCGUCUCGACCACCGAUCCUACUACGGUAUCCCUACAGCCCCUACCCGCGAAUGCCUGAUCUGAUGAUCGCCAUCACACUGCGUCAGAACGGAAAAAUUCAGAUUGGCAGCAACAGCGGCCGUAGUAGAAUUAACGUGCCUGCUAAUAUUGUUGUCGUCAUUGCUGUUGUUACAAGUUGUCAACCCCUGCUAAUACUACCUCGAUCUACGACUACAACCGGCUACCCAGAGUUACCAUAGCGAUUCCAGCUCGCUGCCAACAGCUGCUGAUCUCAUAUUUUUCAUUAGCAUCCUGCAAAAUAGCGCAGAAGGAACAGUCAGCCGUAAGGCGAUAAGAAACAAAAGUGAGAGAGUUCAUGUUCAAGCGACGACCGUAAAAAUCAACGGAUGAUAGAGUUAGCUUACAGGUGAAGAGGAGGAGAUACAAGACCAAUAUCGUCACGACAACCUAUAUUAUAUUAUAACCACUAUAUUAGUACGGCCAUCGAUCUGUUAGCACGGUCAACAUCAGCUGAACGUGUUUCUACUGCUGUUAAUGAUAAGCGACGUACGGUGCGUGAUUUAGCUAUCCGAAUUAGUCUCGAGUGCGUUUCUUCAUUUGUGCAUGCUUCCUGUACGUAAAAAAAAUAGCAGAAAACACGAACACGAGUGCUCUAGGAAACGAAAAAAAAAUCUUCAAUGCAACCACAGUGUUAUUACGGACUGUACUAGCAGUAUCGUUCCUGAACUGAUCGACAAAUGUGUGCCUAUACACAUAUCCUUUCAUGUAGUGGAUAAGCACAAUCGAUAGACGAGGCCAACGAGCUGCAAAGUUACAACCACGAAGAGGAGGACGCCACCGCCGCCGUGAAGAAGCAGCAGCAGCAGCAGCAGCAGCAGCAGCAGCAGCGGUAUCGAGCCAGUAGUCCCAUUUUGAGUUUUUGUGCAGGAAUACAGUGUGGGACAAUAGCGUGCCAUUGCUGUCUAUUGGUUCAGUCUCGAAAUCUCCAUCUCAGGAUAACGCUACAACGCUUCGACACAGAACCAAGCCGACAUGAUUUUCGUUGCAUCUGUUCACUAGUAUAGUGUUGUUCGCUUAAUCAUCACCAGUUGAUCUUUUCGACGCACCACCCACGUUUACCCCGUACACUCACCCAUCUGUUAGAGUAACAGUGCCAGCGAGCAUAAUAAAAACAGCAGAACUGAAAAACAAGUUUAUACCGUUGAAAAUCAGUGACAGACGUCGCAGGGGUGUAUUGUUAAAACUAUCGAUCAAUACAGCGGGGCCUAACUGGCGCUUGUGCUCGCGAGGUUCUGCCUGCUACAACAACAACAGUCAGUCAUCGGUGUCAGUGAAAGCUCUGACGUUAUGAAGCAAAGUGAGCCCGUUGCUAUUCCCGGAAGGGCCGAGCCCCGACGCUUAAGCCCGUUGAGCUGCAAAUCAGCGAUCAAUAAUGAUGGCGAUGAUUUUGAUGCCGAUGAUCUCAACCUCGGCUCGCUGUCACCGCUUCCUCUGUCGUCUGAUCUGCCGUCAUCGCAGGCUGACCUCUCCGAGCUUAUCGGAGACUGCGACUCAAGGCUGAAGAUCUCGGUGGAUUCGCAAUCGGGGGAUUCGAGCUCGGGAUGCGGUGGUCUUUCGGGAGGUUCAGGUUCUUCGGGUACCGAAGUGGACGCUCUUGGUGUUCUGUUCCCCGACUGUUCGUCGCCCAACGGUCGAACCCAACGGAAGAAAAAGAAACGAUCAGGCUAUAGCUUCACGGAAAAGGGCUUCAAUGAUUUGUACGAGCUGACAGGCGAGCAUCUGGGUGAAGGUUCUUAUGCACAUGUCGUGUCUGCUCUAGAGCGCAGCACGAAACGUGAAGUAGCUGUCAAGGUGAUCCUGAAGGAUGCGCCAGGUCACUCGCGGCCGCGCGUCUUCCGCGAAGUGGAGACGCUACGCGAGUGCUCAGGCCAUCCGAACAUCAUCCAAUUGUUGGACUUCCACGAGGAUGAGUCCCAUUUCUAUCUCGUGUUUGAAAAGAUGAAUGGUGGUCCGUUGCUGUCGCACAUUCAACAGCGGGUACACUUCACAGAGCGCGAAGCCUCGGAAAUUGUGGGUCAGCUGGCGUCCGCGUUGGCUUUCUUGCAUCAGAAGGGUAUCGCGCACCGAGAUCUCAAGCCGGAGAACAUCCUGUGCGCCUCUCCGGACUCUGUCAGCCCGGUCAAAAUUUGUGACUUUGAUUUGGGAUCCGGCGUCAUUUUGCAAGAGUCUAGUCCCGUGUCAACCCCUGAGCUUUUGACGCCUGUGGGCUCGGCGGAGUUUAUGGCGCCCGAAGUAGUGGGCGCCUUCAUAGGUCAGGCCGUCUACUAUGACAAACGAUGUGACCUGUGGAGCUUAGGUGUGAUUGCCUACAUGCUCCUAUGUGGCUAUCCCCCCUUCUAUGGGAGCUGUGGCAGUGGCUGUGGUUGGGAGCGUGGAGAGUUUUGCUCGGCCUGUCAGGAACAACUGUUUGAGAGUAUCCGCGUUGGCUAUUACGAAUUUCCGGCUCGAGAAUGGUCUGCUAUCUCGGAAGACGCCAAAGAUCUCAUUCGCAAUCUGCUUGUUAAGGACGUCAAGCGGCGUUUCACGGCCGAGGCCGUUUUGCGACAGCCGUGGGUCGAACGUGGUGGUCCAACAACAGCUCUCGAGACGCCGUCCGUGAUGCGCCGUAACAACUCCGCCAAUCAUUUGCAGAACUUCGCCGAUGCCGCGAACGCCAUGAAAAGGCUCGUCACACAUCAGCAGACACUGAGCGAGGAAGUAACAGCCGCGCUGAAGGCCGUACGUGCGGCAGAAGACACCCCGCCAGCAUCGUCGCCCGAGCCUUACCUCAGUCUGGACUUUGGCCCGGCCGCUCCAACGAAAGUGGUGGGCCUUUCACCGCCUGGGGAGUCUGCCUUGGCACGCAGGCGACGUCUGAAGUCUCUCUCACUAGGAAGUACAGGUGAAUCGGCCACGGCAACCCCUCCAAUCUAACUGUGAUAUAGUCUCCGAUCCGCGCAGGAUGAGCCAACAUGAUGAGCUCAGACAUCAACAAACAAGACGAUACAAUUAUAAAGGCAGACCGAUAGACUCGUUCUACCCAAGACGGAAAGAUAAAGAAAAAAAAAUAAGAGCUAUCAUUGAUAAUCCAACAAUGAAAACCUCUAUAUACAUAUAUAUAUAUAUAUACCGCGGCUUCUCUUCCCCCAUUGCAAUCGUAGUCAGGCAAAUUAAGUUCUCUUGAGAUCAAGAAAUGUAUGUAAUGUGUAUUCUGGUCUUUCGUAUUUCUUAGUUUAUGUAACUAGCGUUAACGUCCUAGCGAAUCAGUGACUUUAUUAUCGAUGCGUUAAAUCUUAAUAGAGAAAGAAUACUAUGACACACGAUGGAACCGAGUACUAAAAGAUUUAUAAUAAUGGUCAGUGCUCUUUUGUGCAAAAACUAGCAGAAACAGCAGGAUCGAGAAAUACAAACAAUGAUUUAUUCUACUCCACAAAUUUUAAUAACAAUUAUUAUUACUGUUCUUGUUAUAAUUAUAUUUUUGAAUGGCGAUUGCAACUAUUAGUUCUCAGGAUUGAACUGUGUGGGCGAGCUAAACGUGAUAAAAAAGGAAAGAAUCCUUUAGUGUUAAAUAGCUGUUGAAAGUGGCGUGAGAAUGCAGAAGGUUGACAUUAGAGUACCUUAGAAAAACCGUUUGUGUGGAGCAUCUUGUGCGGACGACAUCCAGCCUAACGAUAUACACCAUGGUAGCACGCGAGUUUGUGACGAUGCCUUGUACUUCUUUAUUGUCAUGUUGGCUUUUGGCAUUUGCCGCUCUUGCAAAUUAUAGGAAUUUACAAACGGCGAAAGAGAACGGGGCCGAAAUUACAGUACUUGACAACUCCCUGGAAAAUCUGGUGUGAUAGAUAGUUCUUGAUUAUCGCAAACCAUAAGCUACAACAACGACAGCCAUGAAAGAAUACAUAAAGAAGAGGUUUAUCAAUGGGAGUUUAUUCCCAUUAGAAGCCGGGACCAUCGUUAACAACCAUGCAAAUACGAAGUUUAUUGAUUAAUAACGCUGAGUGAAAGCCGGCACUGAAAUCGAAAACAUCAACAACAGAUGUUAAACAAGACGCACACGAAAGCGUCAUGUAUCAACGAUACAACAUCAAACGCCGAGGCACAGGUCCACAGAUACGAUGCAAGCCGUGCAGAGCGGCCAAUGCCGAAUGUGCUUUUAAAAGGCCAAUAGCAGUGGACAAAGCCAGUUACCGAGAGAACGACAGAGAGAGAGAGAGAGAGAAUGGUGAUGGUGACGAUGAUGCUAAUGAUUACCUUCAUAUUAGAGAUCAGCGUAGCUAUCCAAACACUCCGAGAGUGCUUGGAUCACCGAUAUAGCAUAUACCUGAAUCUGUCGAUAAAUAACACCUAUAUAGUGUCAACGAGUCGGGCGGAAUUUAUGGAUUAUUGUGUUUGCGUCUGCGCCUGUGUGUACGCAUACACACACACACACAUACAACAGAAACACAAACAUACCUAUAUACAUAGGUAUAUAUUAUAUCUAGGCAGGUGGCUAUACAGCGUCAAGUGACUGAAGUAAUAUGUAAUUGUGGUAUAUGAUUAGUACCGCUAAUAGUACUACUACGCAGGCCCAAAAAGUGUCUAGAAGCGGUUAGACAUUAUUGCUGGUAACCAGUGAAAAGACAAGCCCUGCUCGCUAGGGGGCUGUGUACGCGGUCAGGGUCAUGACAACAAUCACAUACAUAUAUAUAUACAUGAAAAUUGGAUGAAUCGGCUGGUUUGUACCUGCGUGUGGCGACCUGCCAGGCGACCAGCCUAUGAAGAUCUUCUGUUGCAUGCUCUUGUACAGAUCCAGGUUCCUUUUUUUUUUUAUAACGACGACGACGACGACGACGACGACGAUGAUGAUGAUGAUGAUGAUGAUGAUGAUGAUGAUGAAUGAUGAUGGUGAUGAUAAAUGAGGAAAUCUCGAAUGAAGAAAGAUUGUUCGUGUAUUUCAUGAAAAAUCAUUUCAAACGCUUGACUUAGUGUGACAAAAUCGAUUCAAAUACAGACGGUUGGACCGAAAGGUGGGCUUACUAUCGACUGGCAAUACUGUUGCGUGUGUAUGAAUGACCAAUAGGUAUCAACAUCAAGAAUAAGACGACGGACAAAAACGUAGCAGUAGUUUAUACAGUCCUGGCUAAUAGGCCCUUCUCAGGAACUAAUAGGAGCGCCGACGCUACCUAUGCCCCGAUGAAGGAAUAAUGUCGCGAUGAAGUUCGACACUUACGAUAUUAUCAAGAUGAGGAAGAAAAGUGGAAAAACAUACAGAUGUUAUCGAUAACUUGAUAUACGAUAACAAACAUAGAUGGUAAUGAUGAUGACGAUAACGCAAGUAUAUAUACGAACAUAUGCAUAAAUAUAUAAACAUACACAAUAUAUCGAUUCCGACAAAUGUUUGCAACAAGAAAGAAAAAAGAAACUGAUUUCUAAGCAGCAACAACAACUGGCUUAUCCGUAGAAUAGCACAACAAUAAGCUACACUAUAUAAUGAUAUCGUCUAUGUGUGUUCAUCUUGAGCAGUAUAUAUGGAUAAUAUUAUUAUUAUUAUUAUCAUCAUCAUGGGGAAAUAAUCUAUAAUCCAUCAAUCUGUCAUGGUUCAUUUAAGUCUGAGUGCAUCCUUGUUGUUCGUUGCGUGUUAGUUUACCUGGCGUCUGGCGGGUCACUGCAACAGUGACGACGAUAACAAUAGUACUAAUAACAGCAACAACAACAACAACAACAAUGACAGCGACUACGAAGAUUUGAAAGCGUGAUAAUGAUAAUCAUUAUUAUCAUCAUCAUCAUAGAAAUCGCACAGUUUGGGGUGCGAUUGCGACAGGGGUAGUGCCUCAAAAUCUGAGAGACAACUCGGUCUUCGUACAAACAAACAAACAAAUCCCGCAAAAAUGCAGGGGAGUAUUUCACCUUUCUAUGCACACUUCAUCGCUUAUUACCUCGGCCUUUACUCGGCGAUUUCUUAUUGCAGAAUUUGCCUUCUUUCCGUCUUUCGAAACAGAGGCAGUCCUCCAUGUGGUAGAAAAACUUCACCACCGACGUUGUCAUUAGAAAAAGUUUGCGUCAUUGUUUAGUGGUAAUGUGUCUGAAUAUGAACCUUGAGGGUACAUGUGAGUUAUUUCUGUCCUAGGUUUAAGGCUUAAUAAACAAAAUGCGCUUGUCAAAGAGGGUGAAGGGGAUUCAGCCAUUCGAUGCAAUGAUGUCCCUAAUGGCGGUUCCGGGCGUAGAACUUGAAACAUUUGAUUAAUUUAACAAUCGUUUUGGUCGUUCUAGCAUGAUGAUCAGCGAUACACCUAUGAUUUUAUGAUUGUAAGGUUCAUGCAAUGUAACAUAAAGCGAAGUUGUGGCUUUCGGGAGAGUCAUACAGGUACGGCGGGGCGGCGGGGGCAAUCGGGAUAUGGAAAACGAGGUGAUGCUUAUUUUGAGAAAAAUCAUGUG